ACAAUUUUGUUAUUUUCCUCAGGCCAUUGCCAUGCUUCUGCACAGAACAUUCUCAACUGCAACUUCGAAACUCAACUGGAGAAACCAAAUCAAACAAAACCAACUAGUUUCCCAAAUCUCAUCACUUCUCUUACAAAGAAAAAACUGGAUCCCUCUUGUCCAAAAUCUCAACCUCUCCUCAAAACUAACUCCACUUCUCCUCCUUCAAAUUCUCCACAAAACCCAAACACACCCUCAAACUUCUCUCAGCUUCUUCAACUGGGCAGUCACCAAUCUCAAACUCAACCCAGACCUCAAACUCCAAUGCUAUGUCAUCAACCUCGCUCUCGGGUCGGAUCUUUCUCAACCCGCAAAGACAAUCUUGGAUUCUGUAGUUCAAUCUCACCCUCCAAAUAUAAUUCUUGACUCCAUGGUUCAAGUUUGUAGAGGUAAAACUUUAAGCUUUGUUCUUGAAUUUUAUGCACUCAAGGGUUUAUUUCUGGAGGGUUUAGAAGUGUUUAAAAAAAUGAGAAUUAUUGGUUUAACUCCUUGUGUUCAUGCUUGUAAUAAACUUCUUGAUGUUUUGUUAAGAGAAAAUGAGAUUAAAUUAGCUUGGUGUUUAUAUAGUUCCAUGAUUCGAGUUGGGGUUUGUUUAGAUAAGGUUACUUGGUCCUUGGUUGCGAGUAUUCUUAGUAAAGAUGAGAACUUUGAGAGAAUUGUUAAGUUGCUUGAGAUGGGUAUUUGUAAUUCAGUUAUGUAUAAUGCGGUUGUUAAUUGUUAUAGUAAAAAGGGGGAGUUUGAUGCUGCGUUUCAUCGGUUAAAUGAGAUGGAAAGUAGAAAAAUUGAGCCGGGUUUUAGUACUUUUAGCUCCUUACUCGAUGGAGCUUGUAGACACGGAAAUGUCGAAAUGAUUGAGAGAGUAAUGGGAGUGAUGAUAGAGAGGGGAUUGCUUCCGAAGAACGAUUUAUUCGAUUGUGAUUUGAUUGUCCAGAAGCUUUGUGAUUUGGGGAAGACGAAUGCUGCGAAAAUGUUUUACAAGAGAGGUUUGGAUGAGAAAAUAGGAUUGAAAGAUGCGACUUAUGGGUGUAUGCUUAGAGCGUUUUCUAAAGAACAAACGCUGGAUGAAGCUAUUGGUCUUUACCGAGUGAUAUUGGAAAAGCGUAUUUUGAUUAAGAAUAGUGCUUAUAUUGCUUUCGUAAAUCGUUUGCUCGAGGAAGAUCCAUAUGCAGAGGGAUAUGAUAUACUUAUGGAUAUAGUAAAAAAAGGAUUUAAUCCUUGUACAUCUAGUUUAUCUAAAUUUAUCUCGUCUCUGUGUAAUAAACGAAGAUGGAGAGAAGCGGAGGAGCUGUUGAAUGUGGUUCUAGAGAGAGGCUUAUUGCCGGAUUCUGCAUGCUGUUGCGCGCUAAUCAGGCAUUAUUGCAGCAACAGGCAGAUUGAUAAAGCACUUGAAUUGAAUAACAAGUUGGAGAAAUUGCAAGGCAGAAUGGAUAUAACAACAUAUAAUCUACUCCUUGAUUGUUUAGUUAAGGGAGGCAGGGUUGAAGAUUCCAUUAGAGUGUUUGAUUAUAUGAAAGGACUCGAAUUAGCAGACAGUUCAGGUUUCGGAAUUAUAAUCCGUGGACUCUGCCGUGCAAAAGAACUGAGGAAGGCAAUGAAGCUUCAUGAUGAAAUGUUGAAUAUGGGUCUUAAACCUGAUAAACAAACAUACAAAAGAUUGAUAUCGGAAUUCAAUCAAUAGCUGAAAUCGCAAAUUUUGUAUCUUAGAUGCAAUUCUCAUGCCAUGUUAUAUACUUCUAUUACAUUUUUCUUAGAGAAAAUUGAUGUCUAUUAGUUCUUA